CUAGUGAAAAUAAGGCUGGGGGGAGAGGAGGUACAAUUUUUAGUCGAUACUGGUGCAACUUAUUCUGUGUUAAAUGACCUGUAUGGGAAAAUAGGGGAUAAGACUACCACAAUAAUAGGGGCCACAGGGAGAGAGGAGGUGCGGUCAUUCAUGCGACCCCUGGAAUUACGGUUUGGGGGAAAGGAAUUGAUACAUGAGUUUCUAUACAUGCCGGACUGUCCUGUUUCCCUGUUGGGACGAGAUUUAUUAUCAAAAUUAAACGCUAAAAUUAUUUUUGAAAAUGGGGAAUUGAUUAUGCAGGUACCGGAAUCACAAUCCGGACAGAUACUAGUGUUAAAGAACAGUCCAAAUGCCCGGAUACCUAGGGAAGUAGAGGAAGCAGUGAUUCCCACAGUUUGGGAAACAGAAAUUCCGGGAAAAUCAAAGAUGGCUCAGCCGGUAGUAGUGGAACUGAAAGAAGGGGUGAGACCAGUACGGAUAAAACAAUAUCCCAUAAAAUUGGAGGCACGAUAUGGGAUAGUUAAAACGAUUGAGAAAUUUUUAAAGUUUGGAAUUUUAGAAGAAUGUGAAUCAGAAUAUAACACACCAAUUUUUCCAGUAAAGAAACCGAAUGGUGAAUACAGGUUAGUACAGGACCUAAGGGCAAUAAAUGAAAUAACAAAGGAUAUCUAUCCGGUAGUGGCUAAUCCAUAUACAUUGUUGACAUCUGUAAAGGAGAAAUAUAAAUGGUUCACAGUAAUUGAUUUAAAAGAUGCUUUCUUCUGCAUCCCCCUUGACAAAGGUAGUAGGAAACUCUUUGCCUUUGAAUGGGAAAACCCGCACAAUGGACGUAAGACUCAGUUAACCUGGACGAGACUCCCACAAGGAUUCAAGAAUAGCCCGACGCUUUUUGGAAAUCAGCUGGCGAAAGAAUUGGAACUCUGGGUAACUCAAGGGAAAAUUCAGGUACCAAGAACACAAUAUCUCUUAUUGCAAUAUGUAGAUGAUAUAUUCAUUGCAACUGAACAAGAAUCACUGUGCGUACGAGUAACAAUAGAGAUCCUGAAUCAAUUGGGACUAAAUGGGUAUAAGGUUUCGAGGGAGAAAGCCCAGAUUGCCUGCACUACUGUAAUGUAUUUGGGCUGUGAAAUCUCCCAGGGACAACGGAGGUUGGGAAUUGAUCGUAUAAAGGCAAUUUGUGCUAUUCCAGAGCCUCGGAAUUUACAUGAACUGAGAACAUUCCUUGGAAUGGCGGGUUGGUGCAGGUUAUGGAUAUCGGACUAUGGACUGAUAGCUAAACCUUUAUAUGAGGCACAGAAAUCUCAGACCUUCGUUUGGGAAGGGUCCCAAAAGGAAGCUUUUAAGAAGCUAAAAGAAGCGUUAAUAAAAGCACCUGCCCUGGGAUUACCGGAUUUAACCAAGGACUUCCAGCUGUUUGUGCACGAGAGACAGAGAUUGGCAUUGGGAGUUCUGACGCAGAGACUGGGAAGCUGGAAGCGACCAGUGGGAUACUUCUCCAAACAGCUGGAUCCGGUAAGUGCUGGAUGGCCAUCGUGCCUACGAGCAGUAGCAGCAACAGUGACAUUAAUACAAGAAGUAAGAAAAUUGACCUUAGGAAAACAUAUUGAUGUAUAUGUGCCACACAUGGUAAUGACUGUCUUAGAACAAAAAGGGGGGUACUGGCUAUCCCCAAGUCGGAUGAUGAAAUACCAGGCAGUAUUAACUGAACAAGAUGAUGUGACUCUAAAGACGACUAACUUGUUGAAUCCAGCAGCUUUUCUAGGUACAAACACAGAGGACGGCAUAUUAGAACACGAUUGUGUGGAGACGAUUGAAUAUACAUAUGCGACGAGGGCCGAUUUGAAGGAUGCCCCACUUGAGCAACCUGAUCAGGAACUUUUUACUGAUGGAAGCAGUUUUGUGGAAGGUGGGGUCCGUUAUGCUGGGUAUGCAGUAACUACACAAAACGCCCUAAUAGAAGCAAAAGCUUUGCCCCCAGGGACUUCAGCACAACGGGCAGAGAUAAUAGCUCUCACCAGAGCUUUAGAACUGAGCAAAGGAAAGCGGGUAAAUAUAUGGACUGAUUCGAAAUAUGCAUUCGGUGUGGUCCAUAUACAUGGAGCUCUAUGGAAGGAACGAGGGCUCCUGUCCUCACAAGGGACAAAUAUAAAAUACCAAAGGGAAGUUCUGAAUUUAAUAACUGCUGUGCAAUUACCAGAACAGGUGGCUAUCAUGCACUGUAAAGCGCAUCAAGGAGGAAGUUCUAAGAUAGCCGAAGGAAAUACAUUUGCGGAUCGGAUGGCUAGACGAAUUGCACGACAGGUACAGACAGUUAUGGCUCUGAUACCAACGAAGGUAAGCCCAUUACAGAAUUAUAUGAACCAAAAACCAAGAUAUUCAGAAGAAGAUGUUAAAUUGGCUGAAUUAGUAAAGGCUCGAUUGAACUCGGAAGGAUGGUACGUAACCACUACUGGACAAGUGGUAGUACCACCUGCCAUCAUGCGGACAAUUUUACAAACCGAACAUCAAAAAUGUCAUUGGGGGGCAGAGGCAUUGGUAACAUAUUUAAAACGAGGAAUGAUCUCUAUACAGAUGUUAACAAUGGCAAAAUCCAUAGGAUCUAAAUGUGAAAUUUGUUUGAAAAAUAACCCAGUAGUCAAGAGGAAAGUAGAAAUGGGACACAUCAGGGUAGGUAUGGAGCCGGGUGACUAUUGGCAAAUUGAUUUUGUGGAAUUACCCAAGACACAGGGAUACCGAUACUUGUUAGUAGGGGUUGACACUUUUUCUGGAUGGCCAGAAGCCUCUCCCUGUCGCACCAAUCAGGCUAAGGAAACAGUGAAAUGGUUGUUGAAAGAGAUCAUCCCUAGAUUCGGAGUCCCGUUGGGUAUAUCAUCAGAUAGAGGACCGCAUUUUACAUCAACUAUAGUUCAGGAAGUCAGUAAACUGUUAGGAAUAUCCUGGAAUCUUCAUACCCCAUGGAGGCCACAGUCCAGUGGACAGGUGGAAAAGAUGAAUCAAACAAUUAAAAGACAGAUAAGCAAAAUAUGCCAGGAGGCUAAAAUAAAAUGGCCACAGGCAUUACCAAUAGCCCUUUUAAGGAUCAGAAUUAAACCUAGAAGUGGAAUGAUGGUAAGCCCAUAUGAGAUCCUGUUUGGAAAGCCAUAUGAGGCUCCCCAGCCAAACCCACAUGUACAUAUCAAAGGAACUCAGGAUGUACAUAAUUACGUGUUAUCUCUCAGUAGAACUUUGAUCCGGUUGUGUAGUGCCCUGAUCUGGAACCGACCGCUCUCGUUGGAGACUCCAGUACACGAGAUCGAGCCAGGAGACCAAGUCUACGUUCGUGAUUGGAGCGAGGAACCACUUAAGGAACGGUGGAAUGGACCGUACCUGGUGCUGUUAACUACCUUCACCGCUGUAAAAGUGGAAGGAAUUAACUCCUGGAUUCACUACACUAGAGUGAAGAAAGUCCCGAAACAUUGGGAAUCAGAAGCCUUAGGACCUACGAAGCUGAGACUGAAAUGCAGAUAAGAUGUCGUGUUAUAUGUAUAGCACUGUAAUUGUGAUUUGGUUAGUCUUACCUAUAAUAAUUGUUGGUUCCUUAGAAGUUUCAUUAAAAAGGGAGGUGGUGACGUAUAUUGUUGGACAAAAUGCCACUCUGUCUUGCAGGUUUACCGUGCCAAUGGGAGGAGAACUAAUAAGGGUUAUCUGGGAAAAGGAAUCGGAAAGUUUUGAAGUACCUGAGAUAAUUUUCGACAGCAAGGACAAAGGAUUAGUAGGGCAUGAACAGGAGUUGCAGGAAAAUUGGCAAUCUAGAAGUAAAGUAAUGAACAGGCUCUGGUCACGAAAUCUUACUGAAGGAGAGACUAAAUUAAGGAUAGCCAAUCUGACUGAACAAAUGCGGGGAAAAUAUCGUUGUCUGGUCAAGACAAACAAUAGUAUAGACUACGGUGAGAAGAUAAUAUACAUUACUAAAACUAGAAUCAGACGAGCUAUAAAACCGGCCGAAUCACCCCAGAUAAUUCAGGUACCCCAGCGUGAUCCGGAAGAAAAUCUAAUGAUAGGAUUAAUCAAAGAUUUUGCAAAAAUGCAAAAUACAAGCAGAAUAACGGCAUGCCUCCCAAUACCAAAAGCAGCUGGAGAACCGAUUGAGUGGGGAAUAAUAACAAUACCACUCCCAGAAGAAGACAAGACAGUUAAGUGUCAGGAGAUAGAGGUGAUAAAAAACGUAACAAAAACAGAAUAUGACAGAAAGGGACUCAUGGGCCCUAUAUUAAAAUCAUGGUGUGAACAGCAAUUAAACUUUCAAUUCACACAGAAAGGACCAGGAGUAGGUGAAUGUAUAUAUGAUGAAAAAAUUGAAGUAAAAACACAGACAAAAGAAAUAACCUGGAACUGUCAAACAAAGGACAAUUUGGAACAAAAUUGGGAUACAAUUUGGUCACUGAGUAUUGUACAAAAAUUUCGGUAUGGUGGAAACACAUCUUGGUGUCUCAGAUGGUCAGGGAAAUAUAAUAUAGCAGGAAAUACGAACCUGUUGUCAUUAGACAGAGUCAGUCUAGAUACUGUUAAAAAUGUUCCUUGGUGGAAUUGCACCAGAAUAAUGGAUUGUGAUACUGAUCCAGAAAAGAUUGCAAUGCCCCCAAUUAGAAUUGCUUUAAAGGUAGGAUGUGCAUGCCGAGGAUUUAAAGUUGGAGGAAAACCGAUACAAGCCCCGGCUGAUGGAAUAAACUGCAGACAUUUGAUGAUACAUAGCAUGGGACAUCUUGUUUGGGCACUCAGUGAUGGUACCUGGACCACUCACCUUCCAAUAACAGGGCCAGUGCGGGAAAUUACCUUAGGACUCCCCACUUUAUGUCCAAUCUGGAAACGUUCCCCAUUCAGGGGCAAACUAGAAACUUUGCAGAUUCGAACCAAAAGAAGUAUUGACGAUGAUAUAGACAAUAUAGAUGACACUUGGCAAGAGCCUGAGACAGGAGUGAAAGUAGGAUGGGCACUUGAAUCCCUUUUUGUUCAAAUAGCUGCAUAUCGCAAUAGGGAAGCGAUUUAUAAUUUAAUUGGACAAACUGAGAGAUUGGCCAAGGUGACUAAAAAAGGCUUUAGGGAUCUAAAUUUGCAAUUACAGGCAACAACCAAAAUGACUCUGCAAAACAGAAUGGCAUUAGACACAUUGCUGUUAAAGGAACAUGGUGUUUGUGGAUAUCUCAAAGAUAGAAUCGAUCACUGCUGUGUACAUAUACCAAACGUAACUGCAGAUAUAGAAUAUGACAUUGCUCAAUUAGGGAAAAUUGAAGAGGAGGCUGACAAGGAAAAGGAAGAAAUAAGUCAAAAUUGGGUAGGAGCAUUAUUUGAUGGAUUGGGAAUUCACCUUACUGGGUGGAUUCAUUCCCUCAUAGAGACAGUGUGUACCCUAUUGCUUGUGUUCCUCGUAAUCUAUUUGGUAUAUUUUUGCAUUCGAAGAGAAAUAACCCGGAAUACCAGUUGGACACAUAAAAUCAUUGGAGCAGUGACACGAGAAUAUCCACGACACCCAAUAACUCCUCCUCUUACCUAUCAGGAAACUACUACAUGAGUGAAAAUACUUGCAAAAGAUGAAGUAUUUUCAAAGGGGGGAAAUGUUAGAUAUAUAGAGUAAUUAGACUUGUGAGUUGCUUGAUUUAUGUUCCGUUAAGCCUGUUGCUAACAGUUUGAAACUUGCUGAGUUUUUUUUAGUACCGCAUAAAAAGUCCUGACAGCAAAGACAGACCUUGGCCGAGCUGGGUGUCUGCACUCAAGGCUACUGGAAAGUUUGGUAACUAGGACGUGGAGAUAAAUAUAUGAGACUAUCCAAGCGAAGCAGUACUCCCCAGGCGAAGCAGUACUCCCCAGGUUACUUCAAAGCAGAACCUUUAAGAUAAGAAACGAAGAUGCAUACCAGUACCAGUCAGAAAGAGAUAAGAAGAAUGCUGGUGAAAGCAUCAUCGUUGGAACCUAUCCAGGACUCAAAAGGUGAAAAGUACACAGCGAGGAAGACGUCUUACUUCAUCUGAGGAAGACUACUUACUUCAUCUUGAGACCCCUGCCCACGACCACCAGGAGGCACUGCGCAAGCGCAGAACAUAUGGAAAUGACUUUUGUACUCAUUAUAAUACGAAGCGGGGAUAGGUCAUGAAUAUGUAUCAGCAUAGUGGGAAAGGUGAUGCAUAUGUAAUACUUUACAAGAUAAAUUGUGAGCACGUUGUAACGGUCUUCGGAACCAGAUUUGGGUGGGUACCCCUGGUUCCCGGGGCCUCGGAAUAAAGCACCACAUAUAACCUCC